UACAAACCAUCCUAUAACAGACAGUAUCAAUAGCUUUGGUCUCACACGAAUCAACUAACCCUAUAUAAAUAAGCUUAAAUGACACUCUAUUCGAUGUAAGGCUGGAAAAUAUUUAGGCUGGAUAGAAGCUUGUUGCCAACUGCAUGCUCAUUUUUUGCAACAACAAAAUCACAAAAACCUCUUGUAGUCUUCAUGAGAAAAUUUCAAUGAAAUCAGUUUCUGAAUUCAGAUUUUGUAAAUAUUUUACCUAAGCUAAACAAACGCAAUCUAUCAAAACAUUUAUCUAGCGUUUAUUUGAAAUUCUCACUGUGAUUAUUCAAACUUCACAAGACCAAAAUGGCGUAUGGCGUCUUCUAUGGGAUUUCAAGAUUUGCCUUAUUGCUUUAUGUGCUACUUCUUAUGGGUGCCAGAAAGGGUUGCCAUUGUCAUAUGCCAUUGGAUUUGGUUUUCGCUUUUGAUAGUUCCAAAAGCAUGAGUCAGGACUAUUGGUUCCGGCAAGUUGACCUCGUCGAGAAGCUGUUGCAUCAUAUCAAGAUAUCGCAUAAAGAAACACAUGUUGGAAUCAUCGACUUUAGUGAUCACGUCCAUGAUCGAGUCAAACUUGUUGAUGGGUACCAAGGUGACGUCAUUUUCCAGAGACUAGAGAAGCUGAGACUGGAAUACGAAGGGGGCUCGCAUACCUACACCGACCAGGCAUUGCUUGAUGCUGCUAAUCUUUUCAAGCACAGCCCCUUAUCGCGCAAUGCUUUGUCUGUACUUGUUAUGUUAACAGACGGAAAAAUGACUCUUUCUGAUCAUUUCAUUGGAGAAUCCAAGGUCAGAGAAAGGGUCUCUGAGUUAAAAGCAUUAGGAGUAAAGAUAUUUUGCAUCACAUUUGGCGAUACACUGUACAUUGAAGGCCUACAUGCUAUAGUGGGGGCGCACAACACUGAGUUUAUUUACCAGUCCGAAUCAUUUAAUGUGUCGCAUUUUAUUCAAAGACUGCAGCUCGUUCUACCAAAGCAAGAAUAUGAGCCUGAAAUCCAAAGAAAUGAUACAAGAAACUUUGAAUACGUGGCUGACAAACAAUGCAAUGAGACGUAUCUUCCCAUUGGCUGCUUCUAUGACCACCAAGUCAGCCCCCGGCCUAUGCCAGAUCUGAUACUUACAGAUCGCGAUCCGAAUCAUGCAAAUUUUUCUGGUACAGAAAUGGAUCUUUCCAACUGGAACACAUAUAUCAAGGAUGUUGUAUGUAGAUGUGCCCGCAGGGCAAGGUCACUCAAUCUCCCACUGUUUUCAAUUCAGUUUUACGGUGAAUGUCACGGGAAAAGGGUGGAACAUGGUUUCGCCAAAGAUGGUCCUGCUUUGUCACCAAGAGCCUGUCUUGGUGCAGAUUUCAAAUCGUGCGGAAACAGUUUAGAUAGUGGAGCUAUGUGUGUUGGAAAGCAGUUCCAUAACUUUGUUUACAUGCUAAAAAGUGCUUAG